AUGUUGGAUCCUCUUCCUCCGCCGCCUCAGUGGCUGCGGACCUAUACAGAGCCCUGGGCAGCAUACCUCAAUCUCCCGACGCUAACUGAGCACAUCCAUGAGGUGAUUGGGUCGUUCCUUGUAUAUCAGUUCAUCCACUCCUUCGUAUCUCCUCUAUUAUCCGCACGCCUCUUUCCCAGCAUCUAUCCGAAGUUCAAUCCCCGGACCAAGCUGAACUGGGAUGUCCAUGUCGUCUCGCUGGUGCAGAGCGUAUUGAUCAAUGUGGUAGCUCUCUGGGUCAUGUUCGCCGACCAGGAGCGGAAGGCCAUGAACCCUGGGGAACGAGUGUACGGAUAUACAGGAGGCUGCGGUCUGGUACAGGCACUGGCAGCCGGAUACUUCGUCUACGAUCUGAUCAUCAGUACGGUACACUUGGACAUCUUUGGAAUCGGGAUGCUGUUCCAUGCAGUCAGUGCCUUGUGGGUCUUCAGUCUCGGAUUUAGACCUUUCAUAAAUUUCUACGCACCAACUUUCAUCCUUUACGAGCUAUCGAGCCCGUUCCUCAAUAUCCAUUGGUUCUUGGAUAAGGUCAACAUGACUGGCAGCAAAGCUCAAUGGUACAACGGAAUGACCCUGCUGGCUGUUUUCUUUUCAUGCCGUAUAAUCUGGGGCACCUGGCAGUCUGUCUAUGUGUAUCAGGACAUGUGGAUGGCUCUGAAGCAUACAUGGUCCGCGUCGAAGCUGCUUGAGCCUGUCAACAUUAGUGCUACGGUUUUCCAGGAGCGUAACGGGACGUUGUGCGUUGACGAUACCUGCGCCAGAGCGAACGCGGAAAUCUCCAAGUUCGCUCAUCACACCGCAGCCGGCGUCCCACAGUGGUUGGUCAUCACCUACGUGGUUUCCAACCUGACCCUGAAUGCGCUUAAUUACUACUGGUUCUCGAAGAUGGUCGAGACUGUCCUGAAGCGAUUCCGUCAACCUCCCGCCAAGAAGGAGGACGUUCCCAACGUUGUAAUCGAUGCGGCCGCAACACUAGAAGAGGAAGAGGGUCACUUCGAAAAGACCUCUUCAGCCGUGGAUGCGGCUGAUAACGAGGAGCUGAGAAGGAGAAAAGCGUGA